CAGAGCACACAGCAAACAUCGCCUUGCACCCCCUUUUCUCCCUUUUUUUUCGCUUGAUUCAUUGUGGGAACAUCAUCUUCUUUUUAUUCCACCCUCAAUUGCUGUAACCGUCAACCACCGCCUCCGCCAACGGAAUCCACAGUAUGCUCAGAACAACAAGACUAUCCGCCCUACGUAACUUCUCCUCCAGCGCACGCGCUUUCCUCCAAGCUGGCGAUUCGAUCCCAUCAGUCUCCACGCUCCGUGAGGGAUCUCCGGGCAAUGAGGUUGACCUUGCGGAGCUGACCAAGAGCGGUAAAUCCAUCAUCGUUGGUGUUCCAGGUGCGUUCUCCCCAGCGUGCUCCGCCUCGCACGUUCCAGGCUACAUCAACAACUUGGAGAAGUUUGAAUCAAAGGGCUACAAGGUGUUUGUCACUGGUGUUAACGAUAGCUUUGUCUUCAAGGCCUGGGCGGAGUCUCUGAAUGCGCCAGAGUCCGUCCGCUUCAUCGCUGACCCUUCCGGCGACUUUGCAAAGGCCUCUGACCUGGCCAUUGACGCUUCAAAGUUCUUUGGAGGCGUAAGAGCAAAGAGAUUUGCUCUUAUCGUUGACAACGGCGAAGUCGUCAAGCAAUUGGACGAACCCGACAACUUCAGCGUCAACGUCUCCUCUGCCGAGAACGUGUUGAAGGAGAUCUAAGUAAAAUAUAUAAGAAAUAAUCGGAUUAUCUACAUCUCCCUGUGCUUUUGUUGGAGUAACUGAGUAGGCGGUUGUUGAUGUUUGUGUGUAUGGUGUUUUUUUA